UGUAAAGCCCUCACUUCAGGGAAAUGGACACUGGUUUCAUUUUUCAAACACCAAACCCACUGUAUUUUCUCAUUCCAGAUUCAGAGUCAGAAAUACCAAGAAUUGCUUUUGGUUUCAAUUUCUGUUGCCCUCCCAGAAUCUCAUUAUAAAAUAGAAGCACUUACGAAACCACAGAGAGAAGAGGACAAAGAGUGAGCAAGGGAAUUACUAAGAAAAGAGGAAUCUUGUGAGACCGUUCCUGAACAGUUUGGAGUAGAACCUUGUGAAACAGGUGACCAUGGCAUCUGAAGUGCCCAUGCAGGCCCCCAUAUGCCUGGUAGAAAACAAUAGUGGAGAGCUGGUGGUGAACCAGAAAGCCCUACAGAUUCUUACUUCCAUCACCAAGCCCGUGGUGGUGGUAGCUAUUGUUGGCCUGUAUCGUACUGGAAAAUCCUACCUGCUGAACAGGCUGGCAGGAAGGAACAAAGGCUUCUCCCUUGGUUCCACCAUUCAGUCUCACACAAAGGGCAUCUGGAUGUGGUGCAUUGAUCACCCUACGGAACCUGACCAUACCUUAGUUCUGCUUGACACUGAGGGCCUUGGCGAUGUGGAAAAGGGGGACUCCAAAAAUGACUCCUGGAUCUUUGCCCUGGCCAUCCUGCUCAGCAGCACUUUUGUCUAUAACAGCAUGAACACCAUCAAUCACCAGGCUUUGGAAGAGAUGCAAUAUAUUACAGAGCUGACUGAGCGAAUCAAGGUCAAGUCCUCAUUUUACCCUGAUGGAGAAGAAGACUCAGCAGAUUUUGUGGGCUUUUUCCCAGACUUUGUGUGGACUGUGCGAGAUUUUUCCCUGGACCUUGAGCUACAUGGACAACCCAUCACCUCAGAUGAAUACCUGGAAAAUUCCUUAAAACUAAGUAAAGGCAAGAACCCCAGUGGUCAAUGGGCAAAUCUUCCAAGAGAAUGCAUCAGAAACUUCUUCCCCAACCGGAACUGUUUCACUUUUGACCGACCAACAUAUGACAAAUCACUCUUAUCCCAUCUUGAAGAUGUCCACGACAGCCAAUUGGACCCUCUGUUCAAGCAUCAAGCAGACCAGUUCUGCUUUCACAUCUUUUCCAAUGCAAAACCCAAGACCCUUAGUGGGGGUAUCAAGAUCAAUGGGAAUCGGUUGGGAAAUCUGUUGGAAACCUAUGUGGAAACCAUCUCUAGUGGGGACAUUCCCUGCCUGGAGAAUGCAGUGUUGGCACUGGCUGAGACUGAGAACUCAGCUGCUGUGCAAAAAGCUACCAAACAUUAUGUAGAGCAGAUGGUCCUCAAGGUGGACUUCCCCACAGAAACUCUCCAGGACCUGCUAAACCUACAUACAGACUGUGAGAAAGAAGCCAUCUCCAUUUUCAUGAAGGAUUCUUUCAAGGAUGACACACACAAGUUCCAAAAUGAAUUGGUGGAAAUCUUAGAAAACAAGAAGAAUGAGUUCAUAUAUGAAAACGAGGAAAAAUCAAUCAAAUAUUGUCAAUCUAAGCUUUCCUAUCUCUCUGAGUCCCUGAGGGAAGCCAUUUCUCAAGGUACCUUCUCUGUGCCAGGAGGCUACAGUCUCUUCAGGAAUGAAAAAGAAAAAAUAUUGAACAAUUAUGAUAAAGUACUCAGGAAAGGGAUAAAGGCAGGUGAGGUUCUCCAAAAGUUUGUAGAGGAGAUGGCAGUGAUAGAAGAAUCUAUCCUGAAGGCAGAUGAAGCUCUCACUGACCAAGAGAAGGCUUUGGAAGCUGAACAAAUCAAAAGAGAAGCAACCAAGAAGGAGCAGAAGUUAUUGGAACAGCAACAGAUGGAAAUAAUGCAAAAGAUGGAAGCUCAGAAGAGAAGUUAUGAAGAAAAUAUGAAACAAUUAAAAAUAAAGCUGGAGGCAGAGAGGGACCAGAUGAUGAGAGAACAGAAAAUGAUUCUGAAUCAUAAGCUAAAGGAACAAAAGAACCUGAUGGUGGAAGGAUUUCAUGACCAAGCUGUAGAGAUGGAGAAACAGAUAGAUGAGCUACAAGCAAACAUUAACAAUACUCGGAGUCAAAAAUCCUCCUGGUUGUCUCCAAUUUUAGAUUCUGUUGGCACUGGAUUGAUGGUCAUUUUACCUGGGGCAGGAAAAUUACUUGGCUUAGGAAUAAAGGGAUUGGGCCAUGCUAUGUCCUAAUCAAAUGGGUUUUGCUUUCUCAAAAGAAAUAUAUAGAAUAUACUUUCCCCACUUUAAAAAGUCCAAGGGUGGCAGGAACAGUUAGGAAGCCCAGUAGAUAAGAAAGCCAGGCUAAGAUACAGGAGGUCCUGGGUUCAAAUUUGGCUUUUGGCACUUCCUAGCAAGUCAUUUAACCCCCAUUCCCUAGCCUUUACUAUUCUUCUGCUAUGGAAUCAAUUCAUAAUAUUGAUUCUAAGAUGGAAGGUAAGGGUUUUUUCAAAACAUAGCACUGCGACCUCUUCCUUUUCUUGAUUCAUAGAACCCUUAGCAUCUCAGUAUUUUGUUUUGUUUUAUUCUACCCCUAGUACAAAGGAAAUGCCUAACAAUCAGAGUUAUUAAAUACUGUAAUAAAUUUUUUAUGUCCCAACAACGUAGUAGCCCUUUGAAAAAAUUAAUCAACAUUAACGGAAAGAAAAAAAUUACUUCAUUCUUAAAUAAUUACAUUUACUAAUGGUAUAUGUGUGCCUAUUGGGCACAGAGCAACUUCUUAAAUUUUAGAAUCUAAUGAAAUUCUAUACCCACCCACCUACUCCCAUUUCCUAUUCCACAGUGACUUUUCUCCCUGCUUGCUUUUUAAUUUAUCAACUGCCCCCAAACUCAACUUCCCAAAGUAGUGAUGUCAUAAAAAAAAAAAAAACAGCCAUCGUAGCUGGAAGCCCAAGUGAACAGACUUAUCUCAAACAUUCUAAAAUGUCACGGAAAGGAAUAUAGCAUGAUCUAAUGCUGAAUCCAGGUACUAUCUCUAGGCAGUAGUUUUCCCAGCGUCAGACAGCUGCUGAGUAACCCUAUUUCCCUUGAAAAUGAAAACAUUCUGUGAUUCCCGCAUUGAAUUUUCUACAGCUCCAUGGAGAGCCUGACCAUACUGUUUGAGAACUACUUCCAGUUCAGCCUUCUGAGACCAGUGAGAGACAAUCUCAUGCCCUUUCCAUAUAAUAUAUCUGGGGCUCAUUGGAGAGCCCUCUUAUGUUCCCCUUUAGUCUCUUCCAAACUAAAGCACCACAUCUUUCAGACUGAUAGUUCUGUAAUCAAAUGUCUAUUGAAUUUUUCUUCUUUUCAAAAUAAAGCUUCCUUCUGUAA